AUGAGAAAGGAUGAUUAUUUACAAGAAGAUGUAAUGCUAGAAUUUGCACUAACAAGCCAAGAUGAUUCAAGUGAAGAUGAAAUUGAACGUUAUACUAAAGCAAAAUUAGUCAUUAGUAACGAAGAAUUUGUAUUACAAUGGUGGAAGCAGCGGAGUAUAAAUUAUCCGACGCUAGGUGUUUUAGCAAGAUCAUUACUAGGUAUACCGGCUAGUUCAUGCACAAGCGAAAGAAUAUUCAGUGCCACUGGAAGAAUCCUCGAAGAGCGAUGCCAACACUUAGGUGACGAUAUUGUAGACGAUAUCUUGUUUGUAAGCAAUUUUAAAAAGAUUUUAUUGUAA